GGGUUCUGCUUUCUCUCUCCAUGCCUUCUUUCAGGUUUGACCGUAGGUGCUGAGGCUGAGCUUGACGGAGCAUAAAGAUGCUGAAGGGUGUUUGGCUGCUGAGCGUCUUCACAGUGGCUGGGAUCUUGCCGACGGAGAGCCGCAAACCUGCCAAAGACAUUUGCAGUAAGAGCCGGUGCCCUUGCGAGGAGAAAGAGAACGUGCUGAAUAUUAAUUGCGAAAACAAGGGAUUUACAACCGUCAGCCUCCUCCUGCCUCCACCGUCCAAGAUCUAUCAACUCUUCCUCAAUGGAAAUGCCUUCACCCGUCUCUACCCCAACGAAUUUGUCAACUACUCCAACGCCGUGACCCUUCACCUGGGCAAUAACGACAUGCAAGAGAUCCGGACCGGAGCCUUUGUUGGCCUUCGGACUCUUAAGAGGCUACACCUCAACAACAACAAGUUGGAGGUCCUACGGGAGGACACUUUUCUGGGUUUGGAAAGCCUGGAAUAUCUACAGGCUGACUACAACUACAUCAGCUCUAUUGAGGCCGGAGCUUUCAGCAAGCUCAACAAGCUGAAGGUGUUGAUCCUCAACGACAAUCUCCUGUUGUCGCUUCCUAGCAAUGUGUUCCGUUUUGUUCUCCUGACCCACCUGGACCUCCGAGGGAACAGGCUGAAGAUGAUGCCUUUCGCUGGUGUCCUGGAGCACAUUGGUGGCAUCAUGGAGAUCCAGCUGGAGGAGAAUCCAUGGAAUUGUACCUGUGACCUUCUGCCCCUCAAAGCUUGGCUGGACACCAUCACCGUCUUCGUUGGGGAGAUCGUCUGCGAAACCCCUUUCAGGUUGCAUGGGAAAGAUGUCACCCAACUCACAAGACAGGAUCUCUGUCCUCGGAAAAGUGCUGGUGACUCUAACCAGAGAGAGAGGCACCCCUCCCACUCAGACACACAUAUCCAGAGGUAUCCUCCAACAGCUAACUCUGCUGUUGGGGCUACUAAGGCCCCCAAAGCAAGCCGCCCACCUAAAACGAGGAACCGCCCAACACCCCGGGUCACAGUGUCUAAAGACAGGCAAAUUUUCGGACCUAUCAUGGUUUACCAGACAAAGUCCCCUGUGCCACUCACUUGCCCAGCUGGUUGUGUCUGCACUUCCCAAGGUUCGGACAAUGGGUUGAAUGUCAACUGCCAAGAGAAAAAAAUUGGGAACAUCUCUGAUCUCCACCCUCGGCCCACCAGUCCAAAGAAACUUUACCUGACCAGCAAUUAUUUGCAAACUAUCUACAAAACAGAUCUCCUGGAAUACAGCUCCCUGGAUUUGUUGCAUUUGGGGAACAACAGGAUUGCAGUGAUCCAAGAAGGUGCCUUCUGUAAUCUCACCACUUUACGCCGACUUUAUCUCAAUGGCAAUUACCUUGAGAUCCUGUAUCCUUCCAUGUUCGAAGGGCUGAACAACUUGCAGUACCUCUAUUUAGAGUACAAUGUGAUUAAAGAUAUCCUGCCACGCACCUUUAACGCACUGGGAAACCUUCACCUCUUGUUUCUCAACAACAACUUGCUGAGAUCGCUGCCUGAUAAUGUGUUUAGGGGCACCACCCUGACAAGACUCAACUUGCGGAACAAUCAUUUCUCCUACUUGCCUGUCCGAGGGGUCCUUGACCAGCUUUCGGCUCUGAUCCAGAUUGACCUUCAAGAAAACCCUUGGGAUUGCACCUGUGACAUCUUGGGCCUGAGGAACUGGAUCGAACGAGUCACGGAGCAGAACAACCGGCAGUCGGGGGCCCCUGUUGUCAUUAACGAAGUGAUCUGCGAUUCCCCGGCAAAGCACACUGGCGAACAUCUCAAGACCCUGAGCAAGGACGCCAUCUGCCCGGAGAACCCCAACAUGUUAGACUCCUCUUUCUUCUCACCAAACCCAAACACAGAUACACCCCUGGCCUUCAGUAUCUUCCCCAGUUCUUAUCCAGAAAUGCACACUGAAGUCCCUCUCUCUGUCUUAAUUCUGGGCCUGCUGGUGGUGUUCAUUUUGUCCGUCUGUUUCGGGGCUGGCCUCUUUGUCUUCGUCCUGAAACGCCGCAAGGGUAUGCCAAGUGUCCCCAGCAGCACCAACAACCUCGACAUAAGCUCCUUCCAGUUGCAGUAUGGUUGCUACAACAGCGAGGUCCACGACAAAGCGGAAGGACACGUGUAUAAUUACAUCCCGCCUCCGGUGGGCCAGAUGUGCCAGAAUCCCAUCUAUAUGCAGAAGGAAGGUGAUCCGGUGGCUUACUACAGAAAUCUCCAUGAGUAUAGCUAUAGUAACCUUGAACCGAAAAAGGACGAGUCGGCUAGCCUAGCGUUUACAAUCACAGCUGCCGAGAUGCUAGAGAAACAGGCCUUCUCCAGAGAGCCGGAGUUGUUGUAUCAAAACAUUGUGGAAAGGGUGAAGGAGCUGCCGAGUGGAAGCCUUGUCCAUUAUAACUUUUGCACUCUGCCCAAAAGGCAGUUCGCCCCUUCCUACGAGUCGAGGCGUCAAAACCAGGACAGACUAAAUAAAACGGUUUUGUACGGGACUCCGCGGAAAUAUUUUACAGAACAAUCCAAACCUGAGCUUCCUUUACUCCAAGGAAAACUACAGAACGAACCAGACUACCUCGAAGUUCUGGAAAAACAAACUGCCAUUAGCCAGCUGUGAAGGAUUUUGUUUUGUGCUCUUUUUUUCUUUUUUUGAGGGGGGCGCUAACAAGGACAGCCCAGGGAUUCCUUUACUAAGGGAGGAAAGUCUUUCAAAAAAUAACUAACCCAAUUCUGAACUUGGCACACCGACCUGAUGUGUCUCAUUCUCAACUGUUCCCAUGUCCUCAGAUAAUCUUUAUAUAACGCCAGGGCUAUGAUGGGUGCUUUUGUUUUUUUAAAUAGUGAUGCCCCCUUAACUUAUUUCUUGCAUCUCUUUCCCUGACCCACCCCACAGCUCUUCUGAAACUGGAGCUGAUUGAAUGUUUCUACUAGAGAAAUUGUUUCAAUGUUCUUCUUGGGCCUGAGGAACUGGAUAGAACGAAUCACAGAGCAAAAAAACCUUGCAGUCGGUGGGCCCUGUUCUUAUUAAGGAUCUGUGAUUCCUCAGCAAAGCAGGCUGGAGAACAUCUCAAGACCUUGCACAGUAGGGCAAUAGAAGGGUGUUAGAAAAAAGGUUUUCUUCCCUGCUGUCCCACAACAUACACAUGGAUUUGAAAGGUAAAAACCAUGUAUUAAACUGAUGAUAUCCAAAUAUUUUCUAUUUUUCCUUUUCUUCCUCCAUAAGGUAGAACCUACAUCUCUUCCUUCCUUCCUUCCUUCCUUCCUUCCUUCCUUCCUUCCUUCCUUCCUUCCUUCCUUCCUUCCUUCCUUCCUCCUAUUUGUAAAUAAUAUUGCCAGUACAGCUCUUUCAAUUACCGACUACAGCCACUGGGCGUCACCUUCUAUUUUUUUUGUGCUGUUAAAGUGCCUUCGCACUUUAAGUACGUUAUUACUUAAUUGUCACGCUUAGCUUUGAUAAAUCCGAAUCUAUUUUAAUGUAUUGUAUUUUUGAAGGUUUGAAACAAACAUGUAAAUUAGAGCUACCUGUCGGCUGCGUUCCGUCGAAAGGGGGCUGGCUGCCAAAGUGCCAGCUAUCCCAGCCCCUCUUUCUGUGAGUCUAGUUCUGAGACCUUUUUU